GGGGCCAAUCUGAGAUUUUAAACUUUAGAGGGGUCGUUGACCAAUUAGCCUCCUAUAAAAUCCAAAACCUGAGUGACCGACCCCCAAAAAGGAGCUGCUGCUAGGGUUUCUCUCCGUCUAUUUCGGCAACGCUCAAGUUUGUGAUUUUACAGCUUGAUUCGAAGAAUGUCUCGUGUGUACGUCGGAAACUUGAGUCCUCGAGUGUCCGAGGGAGAGCUCGAAGACGAGUUUCGUGUUUUUGGAAAUAUUAGAAGCGUGUGGGUUGCUCGGAGACCACCGGGUUAUGCUUUUGUUGACUUCGAUGACAGUAGAGAUGCAGAGGAUGCAAUCCGUGAAAUAGAUGGUAAGAAUAACUGGAGAGUUGAGCUUUCACACAACUCUAGAGGUGGUGGUGGUGGUGGUCGUGGUGGAGGUGGUCGUGGCCGCUCUGGCGGUUCUGAUUUGAAGUGCUAUGAGUGUGGUGAGCCUGGCCAUUUUGCUCGUGAAUGUCGUCUUCGUGGUGGUGGUGGUGGUGGUGGAGGUGGUGGUGGAAGGCGUCGUAGCCGCACUCCCCCUCGCUAUCGCAGAAGUCCUAGUUAUGGUCGCAGGAGCUACAGUCCUCGUGGGAGAUCCCCUAGGCGUCGCAGUUUGACACCACGAGGGAAUAGCCGCAGCAGGUCCCCACCAUACCGUGGGCGGGAGGAGUUGCCAUAUGCCAAUGGCAAUGGUCUAAAGGAUCGCCGCCGAAGCAGGAGUUAAGGAGUGCAUGGAUGGGUAGCCGGUGUUGUUUAAGAAGAUAUACUGGGAUUAAGUGUUGUUUAGUGUGCUUGGACAUCAGGACAACUAUGUUUAAAUUGGGGGACGCCCUCAGCCUCUACUGUCUCUCUGAUUUGGUUAAGUUCCUUCCUUUCUUAACUCUAGCUCGUUUUACUUACCUUUGCAAAAUAGGCGUAGGGAUAAGGAUCUUAAAGGUAGAGUCUUAAACAUUAUAACUUUGUUUAAGAGUGUUUCUGAGAAUGCUGCUAAAACUCUAUGCUUUUUCUGUG